CUGCUUUUUGGUGCUUUACGAACACACAUUUCGUAUUUAAAAACAGUGUUCGUCCACCAACCACUUUUGAAACUAAUUUCAACAAAAUGGCACGUAGACCCGCUCGUUGCUACCGUUACAUUAAGAACAAGCCUUACCCCAAAUCUCGUUACAACCGUGCCGUUCCUGAUCCCAAGAUCAGAAUCUUUGACUUGGGUCGUAAGCGUGCCGGUGUUGACGAGUUCCCCCUCUGUAUUCACUUGGUAUCCAACGAGUUGGAACAAAUUACUUCCGAAGCUCUUGAAGCCGCUCGUAUUAGUUCCAACAAGUACUUGGUGAAGAUGGCUGGUAAGGACGCCUUCCACCUUCGUGUCCGUGCCCACCCUUACCACGUUGUUCGUAUCAACAAGAUGCUUUCAUGUGCCGGUGCCGAUAGAUUGCAACAAGGUAUGCGUCAUGCUUUCGGUAAGCCCAACGCUUUGGUUGCCCGUGUCAGAAUUGGCCAAAUCUUGAUCUCUAUCCGUACCAAGGACUCCAACCGUAGCACUGCUAUUGAAGCCCUCCGCCGUUGCCAAUACAAGUUCCCUGGACAACAAAAGAUUAUUGUUUCCAAGAAGUGGGGCUUCUCUCAAUACAACCGUUCUGAAUUCAUUGAGAAGCGUAGCCGCGGUGAAGUCAUCCCUGACGGCUGCUACGCCAAGUUUUUGAACAAGCGUGGUAACCUUGAUGAGAAGUUUGAACACUUCCCUGAUGCUAGCUUCAACCUUGCUUAAGAUAGCGUAGCGUACAACGAUAAGCAGCUUGUAUAAAAUUUGGUUUUACCAGGAGCUUAUAUGUUCAGCAAACUAUAGACAUAAUUUAAAACAUUGUUUUCGGUUAAUACUUGAAUUGUAGUUUUGUAUC